GGUCCCGGAUGGUCCCGGCAUGGCCGCAUGGCCACCUUUCGCUUCGUCCACUGCGCGACGGGCCUGCCGUUGCACAUCGAUGGCUGCGGCGACAAGCUGGCCUCGGUGCGCUAUGGAGACUGUCGUGACGACUUCUCGCUUUUCUGGCUGGAGCCUGCAGGGGAUGGAACUGGAGAAAGUCCAGUGUUCCUCCGGUCCUUGGCCAUGGGGCUGCCACUGCACAUCAAUGGCCUAGGAGAUGCCUUAGCCUCCGUACGCUGCGGCGACUGCUGGGACGACUUCUCCAAGUUUCACCUGGCACCAGAGGGUACGGAGCUGCAGAUCCGGAAUGUGGCCACAGGCCUUCCGCUACAUAUCGCCGGCUGCGACAAGUUGGCCUCAACGCGUUUCGCGGAGUUCCGCCCGGAGGAUGUUACCUUCAGAAUGGAAUGGUCCCUUCACCCAGCCAAGUGCCUACUGCUCACGUCUCACGGCCCGCUACAUGUGGACGGCCUGGGUGACGGCUUGGCUUCGGUGCGCUUCGGGGAGGCGAUGGAUCCUUUUUGCCACUUCCACUUCGAGGAUGGGAAGCUUCGAAACGUCGGCUCCAACCGUUUUCUGGGCGUCGCGGACAAAGGCGGCCCAGGCGCUCCGCAGCUGACGCUGGAGGGUGAGGUGGUAGCCUUCCAACUCCGAGCAGCUGAGGUGCCUGGCACCUUCCUUCUGACUACGCCGAGGGGCGCUGUGGCCGUGGGCCCCGAUGCCAUGGCCACGCUAAGCGACGGGAGGAACUCAGCCUUCUGGCUACCGCACAUGGUGGAGAAGGCCGAGGACAGGGCUGUGGCCGUGCCGAUUCCCCCGGGUUAUGAAUUGGUUGGCCCAAAUCCCCUGGGCAGUGGCGGCUUCGGUGUAGUGCACUGCUGCCGCUCUCUGCUGGACCGACGCCUCUGUGCGGUGAAAACCAUCUUCCAGCCCUUUGCGGAGGAUGAGGGGAAUGUGAGAAGAGAGUUGGAAAAUCUGGCUGCUCUCCCACCACAUCCCAACUUGAUUCGAUAUUACACCAGUUUCCUCGAUGACCGUGGCAUUCUGCACAUCGUCACGGAGUUUUUAGAUUCAGUGAAACUCUUCAAACUGAUCAGCGAAUCCAAGAAAAAUCCGCAAGAGGCUGAAGAUGUUCGGUCCUGGUUCUCCCAGCUCUAUUCGGGCUUGGCGUGCAUGCACGCCAUCCAGAUGAUCCAUCGGGACCUCCACGCAGAGAACGUCUUGAUUUUGACGGACGCAACGGGACAGGUGUCUACGAGACCGGGGGCUGUGAAAAUCAUUGACGUGGGACUUGCCAAGAUCUACGAUUUCCUGGCUCCUUCAACGAUGUCCGUGACAGGUGUGGGUCCUGCUUGGUAUUUCAGCCCGGAACGUCGUCGCGGCGAAGCUUUCAACCACUUGGAUGACGUUUGGGCUGCUGGAUGUAUGAUGGCCGAGCUGGUCAUUGGCCAAGGUCGUUACAUCCAGAAACAUCCUGGGCACGGCCCCGGCGGCAUCGACUUCUCCCUGUCCCCCACUGCCCUGGCGGCGCUGCUGCGCCACUGCCAGGGCUCCACCCUGGCGCCGGCCGUGGCGCUGGCGCUGGCGCCGCAGCGUGAGCUGCGCGGCACCGCGCAGCAGGUGCUGGAGGAGUUGAACCUUCGCGUUCUGAAGCCUGCCAGCAUCCCGGGCCGAUCCUUUGUGGAACUCUACCUGCCCCAGGAGGUGCAUCUGGUGGUGAGCCACUCGUGGCUCGAGGCCUUCGAGGAUUUGGUCCUCUCAUUGCAGCGCCACGCCAGCCACGGGGCUCGCGAAGGCCUGGAGAAGAUGAUUCAGCCCACGCCGUGCCCAUGGGGCUACUGGCUGAGCCUCCUCUCCACGGGUCCCGCGGAAGUGCCCGAAGGGCAGAUGGCGGCAGCCAUGGAGACGGCUCAGCAGUUUCUGAUCGCCUGGGAUGAUGCGGGCAGAUGGUCGACGCGACUUUGGUGUUUGUAUGAGCUUCUGACGGCCACCAAGUGUGAGAAACCCAUCAGCGUCACGUGCCGCAGCGGGGUUUUGGGUCACGGCCCGGCCCUGGCAGAGCAGUCCAGACGCGUCGCGCGGCGGUUGAUCAGCAGCGAUCCCCGAUGCGCGGUGGAUGACCUGAAAGCGUUGCGGGAAACGUUGGGGGAGGCUGGAUUUCAGGCGCUGGAUCGGGCGCUGUUGGCAGCUGCUGCCCCUUUGCUGUGCAUUAGCUGCACUUCCCCAAUGGAACUCCAGCAGAGCAGCGAUCGCUUCCAGCCACUGAUGGAUGCCCUGCCCCCAUGGCCUCGUUGCGUCCUCCUCCAAGCGCCCUUGGGCCACGGCGCCCUGGCCGCCGUGGCCGCCGCGCUGCGGCGGCGCCUGGCGACGACGGAGGCGCCGACGCUGACGGUGGAGAUGUGCUGCGCGGUGCUGGCAGAUCUGAUGGAAAACAAACGGCCAGGAGAAGAGGAUUUACUGAAGCUUUGGUUCGAUUUCACCAUGGGUGACAUCGACUUGAAGGUGAUCCAAAGGUAUCAGAAGCUUCUGAUUGUCUUGGAAGACUUGGAGGACGCUGGCAGGCAUGCUACUUCCAUUAUGACAUGGGCUCGGACAUGUUUGGCGCAGCCUGACGUCGCCAUGAUCAUCACCUGCAGAGGUGAGGAGCAGAAGUGGACACCGGAGCAGCUGGCCGGAAUGGACCUGGCCACCUACGACCUGGUCCACCUCCGCCGGCACGGCCUCGACGGCCUCGCCGGUGCCAAGGGCGAAACGGCGAUGGCGGAGCCGUGGAGGUCGGCGCUGCGGCUCUGCAUCCGGAUGGAUCAGGACGGACAGCUCUGGGUCUCUGGUUGCACCGUGGAUGCCCUGUGCAUCGGUCGCCACGGAGACCUAGAGCUGUUGGAGGCGAGGAAUUGCUUCGAGGUCUAUGAGAGCUUGGUGUGCAAGCUUUUACCCCCCGAUCCCCAGCAGCUGGAAGACUUUGCUCUGGAGCUUUGCUGCCGGGGGCCGCCUUACGUAGCCCCCAUCCCCAGCUCCCUCCGCAGCUGCUCCUUGCUGCGCUGCCACAGCGCCGGCGAUGCUGCCGUCAGCCGCGGGCGCUUCGCCUGCGCCACGCAGCGCAGCUUCUGCGCUGCGCAGGCCUUGCGACGGCGCAACGACCUGGCGCCGCAGGUGAUCAGCAACCAAUGGCCGCAGGUCCGGCACUUCCUGCGCCGCGCCUUGGAGCUGGACCUGCGGGAGCCGGAGAUGGCGGAGAUGGAGAUGCCGCUGCUGCGGCAGAAGCUGAAGAUGGCACGUUUGUUGAACGCCAACCCUUCGGUGCUUUCGCCGCUGCUGGUGGGGCGUCCAACCGACCACGCGGCCUCGGUGGCCGCAGAAGCGCUGGAGGCAUGGCUGACGCAAGCACUGGCGGCGGACGAGGCCGCCUUGCCUCAGCUUCUCGCCUUGGCCUCCCUCUCUCCCGGCCUGGACCCUGCAGUGCUAGAGAUGGCCAGGGCCAAGGUAAGGCUGCAGGAACUGGACCUUGAAACGGUCACCCUCCAUGAGAUCCUAGUGACUCUGGAAGCCUCUACCGUGCUGCCGCCGAAGCUGAAGUGGCCCUUAGCACAACGCUUCUUGCAGCAGAUCAAGGGACGGAUCUCAACCGUGGAUGACUUGCAGCUCCUGAUCCGCCUGGCUGCGGCAGCAGAUUUUGCGGAGACGCUGCUGGAGGAGCCCUUGCAAGAAUUCCUGGACGCCUCGUUGCCCAGCGACCUGGCUGCUGCCGCUUCGCUGCUGGCCCUGCCACUGUGCCGCGAGCGCUGCGUGCAACGCCUGCGGCAGUGGCGACAGGGUACGCUGCCGCAGCGGCGGCUCGGUGCAGGGAGGUACCACUCGCUGCUGCUGCAGGGCGGUCGAGUGAUAGCCAUCGGCCUGAAUGGUCAAGGUGAAACCAGCGUCCCUGCGCUGACGGAGGAUCUCAGAUAUGUGGCGGUGGCUGCUGGCAUGCAACACACUUUGCUCUUGCGCAGCGAUGGUGUGGUCAAGGCCUUUGGCUUGAACCUGGAUGGACAGACGGAUGUGCCGACACUGCCGCGACCAAUUGUGGCGGUUGCUGCUGGAGGAUUCCACUCUCUCGUGUUGGACGACACCGGCCACUGCUGGGCCUUCGGUUGUAACCGCCACGGCCAGUGCCAGCUACCGGAAAAUGCUCAUGGCCCGGUCGUGGCAGUGGCCGCCGGAAACCGCCACACGCUGACAUUGACGGGCGAUGGACAGGUACUGAGCUGCGGAGAGAAUGGCGAGGGCCAGUGCGAUGUGCCAGAUCUCUUCUGGGAGUCCUGCAGCCACCAGCUGAAAUACAUCACCGUAGCAGCGGGCGGGCGGCACAGCGUGCUGCUGCGCAACGAUGGCAAGGCUGUCGGUAUUGGUUGGAACUUCCACGGUCAAUGUGACUUGCCCCGCAACUCGUUCUUCGUCUCCGCCGCCUGCGGAGAGAACCACACGCUGCUGCUGUGCCGCGAGGGCCGAGUGCUGGCAGUGGGUGAUGAUGGCUACGGCCAGUGCCAGGUGCCCCAGCUCCCCUGUGGCCUUCGCUACGCGGCCAUCGCUGCGGGCCAUCGCCACAGCCUGCUGCUGCGUAGCGAUGGACGAGUGCUGGCGCUGGGGGAUGAUGGCGAAGGGCAAUGUCAGAUCCCUCGUGGCUUGCAUAUGGACGACAGCUAA